GAUGAUCAAUUCUCAAGUCAAAGCGUCUAAACCUUCAAUUCCUAUAGCAGGUUUCGGAUCGACUAGAGAUAAAAAGGAUUCUCUACAAGAACUGAAGGAACAGAUUGACCAUAAUAUGCAAUUAAGACAACCUGUUGAAGAUAGAGAGGGACCAAAGCUUAAGCAAGACCAUCAAGUAAAGCCCCCCUCAUUACAAGACAUAGAAGGUGAUGAUGAUCGCAGAAGGCGUCAAGAAGAAAAUGGUGAUAGGGAUGACGUUUACCAUGCUGAUGAUUUAAAUAUAAAUGGUUAA